UAAUAACACGCAUUACACUUAGCAACGGUACGCAAGAGUUAAAGAGAGGUCAUGUUUCUCAUUUUAAUUUUAUCGUUUGUCUGUUUAGGGUCUGGAGUUCCUUCAAGCCUCUUCACACCGUGUAAAGUGACUGAUAUACCUUGCUUGGAGAAUUCCAUAAAUAACGCACUUCCACCAAUAUUUGAUGGGAUCCCAGAACUUGAGAUAGAGAGCUCCGAUCCCCAAUUCAAUGAAUAUUUGGAAAUAAAUGUACCAGAUUUGAACUUAAAAUUUUUUAAUAGCACUAUUUCUGGGUACAAAACGUGCAAACUUUCAAAUUUACGAUUACAGCCGAAUUUAACAAAAGCAUCUUUUGACUGGAACUGCCCCGAACUUACUGCAGUUGGUCAGUAUAAUAUGAAAGGACGUCUUGGAACAUUGCCUGUGGAAGGAAAUGGAGAUUUCAAAUUCGUUGCAGGAAAGUUUCUUGUCAACAUAGAUUGUGAAGUCGACAAAGUGAAAAAUGAUGAUGGAAAAACUCUAGCAUCUAUUAAGGACUUCAAGUUCGUCGCCAAACCUCUCACUAAAGUAGUGUACGAUUUUAGGAAUCUGUUCAACGGACGUGAAGAUUUGGCCGCAGGAGUACACGAGUAUGCUCGAAAUAACUGGAAAUCCGUUGCAGAACUAGUCAAGGAUCCGAUCUGGGAUGCUUCCCUAAAGAAAAUAUUUAAGAACUUAAAUAAAUUCUUUGAAACUUCGCCCAUUGAGGAUACUUUAAUCCAUAGUUAAUUUUUUUUAUCACUCAAUCUAAUGUUUUGAUAAUUACUAUACAUUCAGCUGACAACUAAAAAAGUGAAUUUUAUUAAUUAAUUAUUUAAUUCUUUUAAUCGACUAUGUAUGAUUGUCACAUUCAUCGGAAGCUAGGUUAAUUGAAAGACUAAUUAUAAUUCUCAUUUUCUAUAAUAUGUAAAUAUUAUAACAAUGAUAUGAUCGUAAAGUUUGUGUUGUUGUGCUAUUUAAGAUAACUUAAGAUUUUUAAAAUAACUCUCGACGUUUUGUGACAGGUCACAAAUAGCACAAUCUGCUCUGUGCUUUUAAUAAAACGAUUUAAAAUUG